UUACACCGCACAAUAUGCACUCUUUAUAUCAUCAACUGAACCUCUCACUCUCACUCCCAAUUUACUAUUUCUACUUCCCUUCUUCCUCCAUCGUUAUGCUUCUUCUUCCUCCAAUGUUCCGGUUAAUCGUCAAAUGGUGGUCACGUUCGUUUAUGCUUUUUCUUCAUGCUUCAUUUUUCUUCCUCCUCCUUCGUCGUCCUUCUUCGUUCUUCAUUCAUUUAUUUCAAUUUUUUAUUUAAAUAAAAUUUGUUUAAAUAUGUGUUGUGGAAGUUUUUUUUAUUUAUGUUUUUUAUUGUAGCUUCUAUACAUUUUAGACUGGCUCGCCCAAUUGAAGAUAUUAAGAACAUAAAUGAUCUAAGGAUUUAUGGAAGAUUGUUGUUAGAAUCAAAGAUUUGUGGUCUAUUACAACCAUGGCUAACAAAAAAUAUUUGGAAAUAGUAGUGAUUGACUCGAAGGUAUCAUGUAAUUAUCCAUUAUAGUUUGAAUUUUUAAAGCCAAUUUAUUCUUUGUUUAAGCAAUUUUUUUGCAGGCAGGUGAUAUCUUAACAAUAGAUAUUUCAUUGUUAUGUUUUGUGAUUGAUAUGUUUUUUCAUUUUUUAUUGAUUUUUUAGAAAGAAAUGAUCCAAGUUAUUGUACCACCACAUUUGGUUCCAAAGCAUAAAGAUAUUUUUAAAAUAGGAAAGACAUACAUCAUUCAAAACUUUAAGGUGACUAAAAAUGAUUUGACAUUGAAGGCUACAACACAUAACUUUAAGCUGGUUUUUUGUGGAGCAACUUCUGCAAGAGCUGCAGAUUUUCUAGACAUUCCUCUGAACAAUUUUAGGUUUACAAGUUUCGAAGACAUGUUUGCGGGAAGUUUUCCAUUAACUGUGUCGAAUGCAUGGAAUGGGACAAAGUUAUCUGUUAAUGACUUUAACGUCGAUGAAAUUAAGAAGUUCAAAGAAAGUUUCAAAGGAGAUGUACCUCUAUUGUCAAGUUCUUCCUUCCAAAAUGAUAUUACUCAAGACUCUCAAUACUCUCACCAUGAAAAAUUCAUAUGGAAGGCAUAAGUAAUGGGUGUUUAUGAUAUUCUCAGUUUGCAAUAUGAGACAACCAUUGUGACUAUUGCCAAAUUGGAAAAAGUUGAAGCUGGACAAUCCGGGUGGUAUUAUCAAGGUUGUGACUAAUGUAUUAAAAGUGUGACACACAAAGAUGGGAAGUUUAUGUGCUAUGCAAACCAUGAAACUCAAAAACUUGUACCAAGGUGUUAUAUAUGUUUAAAUGAUUUUGCACUAAACAUGUAAAUUUGUAUUGAUGUUGUAUAUGUUAUCUUAUUUAUGUUAUUUGUUGACAUAUAUACAAACUUGAGGUUCAUGUUGUCGGCGGUAAACAUAUAGUCAAAUUUAUCUUUUGGGAUAGUGAUUGUGCAAAGUUUAUUAGAAAAUCAACCGUUAAUUUAAAGACAUGGUUAGUUGAGGUAUUUAUAUGUCUGUGUUAAAGUGAUUAUAAGUUGUAAUAUAUAUUAUAAUCGUUUAUGGAUAUGUUCAUAUUUUAGGCUGGUGAAGAUGAUCCACUUAAAUUUCCAUCUCCAUUGGACUCAAUGUUGAAUAAGGAGUUAGCAAUCGGGGUUGUUUAUCAACCUAAGUAUGGUAUAUUAUCUGUUGUUGAUUUCAAAGACGGUGAAGAUUCUACUAAAAAGUUAAGGGACCAG